CCAUGGCCCGGCGGGGCACAGGGCCGAGCGUCCCGGGAGCGCCCGGAGGCGUCGGGCUGGGGCUGCUGCUGCUGCUGCUGCUGGGGCUGCAGUUAAUGCUGCUCCCGGGACCAGCUCUGGGCUUCGGGGACGAGGAGGAGCGGCGCUGCGACCCCAUCCGCAUCUCCAUGUGCCAGAACCUCGGCUACAACGUGACCAAGAUGCCCAACCUGGUGGGGCACGAGCUGCAGACGGACGCCGAGCUGCAGCUGACAACUUUCACGCCGCUCAUCCAGUACGGCUGCUCCAGCCAGCUGCAGUUCUUCCUUUGUUCAGUUUAUGUGCCGAUGUGCACAGAGAAGAUCAACAUCCCCAUCGGCCCUUGCGGUGGCAUGUGUCUUUCAGUCAAGAGACGCUGUGAACCCGUCUUGAAAGAGUUUGGAUUUGCCUGGCCAGAGAGCUUGAACUGCAGCAAAUUCCCGCCUCAGAAUGACCACAACCACAUGUGCAUGGAAGGGCCUGGCGAUGAAGAAAUCCCCUUACCUCACAAAACCCCCAUUCAGCCUGGGGAAGAGUGUCACUCUGUGGGAACCAAUUCUGAUCAGUACAUCUGGGUGAAGAGGAGUCUGAACUGUGUUCUCAAGUGUGGCUACGAUGCUGGCUUGUACAGCCGCUCUGCUAAGGAGUUCACUGACAUUUGGAUGGCGGUGUGGGCUAGCCUGUGCUUCAUCUCCACCGCCUUCACUGUGCUGACCUUCCUGAUCGAUUCUUCCAGGUUUUCUUACCCUGAGCGCCCCAUCAUAUUCCUCAGUAUGUGCUAUAAUAUUUAUAGCAUUGCUUAUAUUGUUAGGCUGACCGUAGGCCGGGAAAGGAUAUCCUGUGAUUUUGAAGAGGCAGCAGAACCCGUUCUCAUCCAAGAAGGACUUAAGAACACAGGAUGUGCAAUAAUUUUCUUGCUGAUGUACUUUUUUGGAAUGGCCAGCUCCAUUUGGUGGGUUAUUCUGACACUCACUUGGUUUUUGGCAGCGGGACUCAAAUGGGGUCAUGAAGCGAUCGAAAUGCACAGCUCCUAUUUCCACAUCGCAGCCUGGGCCAUCCCUGCCGUGAAAACGAUUGUCAUCUUGAUUAUGAGACUAGUGGACGCAGAUGAACUGACUGGCCUGUGUUAUGUCGGGAACCAGAACCUCGAUGCCCUUACUGGCUUUGUGGUGGCCCCUCUCUUUACUUAUUUGGUGAUCGGAACCUUGUUCAUUGCGGCAGGUUUGGUAGCCUUAUUCAAAAUUCGGUCAAAUCUUCAAAAGGAUGGGACAAAGACAGACAAGUUGGAAAGGCUGAUGGUCAAGAUUGGGGUCUUCUCAGUACUGUACACAGUUCCUGCCACCUGUGUGAUUGCCUGUUAUUUCUAUGAAAUCUCCAACUGGGCACUCUUCCGGUAUUCUGCAGAUGACUCAAAUAUGGCAGUUGAAAUGUUGAAAAUUUUUAUGUCUUUGCUCGUGGGCAUUACUUCAGGCAUGUGGAUCUGGUCUGCCAAAACUCUGCACACGUGGCAAAAGUGUUCUAACAGAUUAGUGAAUUCUGGGAAGGUAAAGCGAGAGAAGAGGGGGAAUGGGUGGGUAAAGCCUGGGAAAGGCAAUGAAACUGUGGUGUAAGAUGAGCUUGCCUCCACACUGUCCUCCUCCUAAAGGGGUGAACGCAGUGUUUCUGUAGAAAUGCUGCAACAAGUUUUCUUCAGUGAAGCUCAGUUUGAACUGAGUGGCAGCACUUCAGCGGCUCCUGUCAGCCUGGCACCAUAAAAACCAAUGAUUUUGCUGCAGACUUUGGAACGAUCCUAGGUGGAAAAGCCAGUUAGAGGCUUUUGAAGCUGUGAGAAAUCAGAAAGUUGAUCACUUUAGCAGGUCACAGCUCAGAGUGUGAAGGUCCUACCUAGCUAGAUUCCAAGAGGUCUGGGGCAGUGCUAUUUUCCCCUACCAGGUGGGAUUGAAACUGUGAGUUGGUAGCUUGCAGGGAGAAAGAAUAAUUUCUUUAAAAUUCUUUUGAAUUUUAAAUAGUAACUAAGUCUUUCAGAUAGCAAAAUGAUCUAUAAACACUGGAAAUGCUGGGUUCAGAGAAGUGUUACAGAGUUUUAUAGUUUGGCUGAUCUAACAUAAACAUCUUCUGUUUAGAACUUUGUGGAUUGUACUCCCAGGAGGUGGUGUCAAAACCUUUCAGUGCCUUUGUCAUAAAACAGCAUUGUUUGAACAAACAGAAGUACUGUACUAACACACGUAAGGGUUCCGAUGGAUUUUUAUUCUCCUGCUCUUAGAUUUCAACAUCCCUAUUCUAGGUCGCUGCUGUUUUCUUCACUUUACACUAAUGAAAAAAGAAAGAAAGAAAGAAAGAAAGAAAGAAAGGUAUUUUUAUAGGAAUUUUUUGCACUGCAGCAUGCCUAUGAGGGAAAAGGAAAGGUGGUUCACUUUCUGACAAUCACUUAGUUCAGAGGAAAAUGAGAUUUACUAAGGUGACUUACCUUUCCGACCCCAGAGACCUAUUGCAUUAAGCAAUGAGGCCUUAAUAUAUUUUACCUUGUGUGAUUGCAUCUAUGCAGACGCCAGUCUGGAAGAGCUGAAAUGUUACAUUUCUUGGCAACUUUGCAUUCACACAGAUUAACUGUGUAAUUUGUGUGUGUCAAUUACAAUUAAGAGCACAUUCUUGGACCAUGACAUAGUCUACUCAAUUGACUUUAAAACUAUGGUCAACUUGCAUUCUUAGAGUAAUAGUGCCUUUUCCCCUAGCAUAAGAAUGUUAUCAGAGUUUGGCCUACUUGCCACAAUGGAGACUUAUUCAAAUUCGUAAAGGGAAGCAAGGACUGGCUAAUCCAAAUACUUGGUGCAUAAUUGUUCCCUAGUAAUUGGCAAAGGCUCUUUAUAAGAUUUCAUUGGAGGCCGUGUGGCCUGGAGUAUUUAUGUGGUGCUUAAUGAAUCUCUAGAAUGCCAGCCAGAAGCUGGAUUGGUUAACAGGGCAUAAAGUGGAGACCAUAUGAAAUGAACUGCAAAGUCUAACAGCGCAGGUCUUAAUUGCCUUUGCUGAGGUAUCCAAAGCUUUUAAAAUUUAUGCUUUAAGUUCCUCACGAGGGGGUACCCCCUAGCAACCUAUCAGAAGUCACAGUUCUUUUUACAAUCCUAACUGGCCUUUCUCUUAACCUGCCUUAGGCUUUGCAGUUGCCAGAUCUCUGGGACACACUGUUGUCCACUUCACAGGUUGCUCUCUGUAUAAUUCAUAUCUAUUUGCUUCAGCAGCUGCUUUGCAGAUCUCAUUAUUUAUUAAUUCAUGACUUUUAUUUUUAUAAGAAGCUUCUUUAUGUUUUCCCCAUCACACUUUGUGGAGGAACAUUUCUAGGGACUCAAUAUUCCAAAUAGGCAAUCAAAAAAAUAGGUGAUUGAAUUCUGGAAAUAAAGAUAUAUUUAUUUAUUUGUUUUUGGUUUGAACUUUAUGUCCAUGUUUUGUUUUCCCUUCUUUGCUCCUUAUUUUUGCAUGUUAUUGAGCUGUCUUGAGAUCAAGAUGCAUAUAAAACGCAUUGUGCAUUUGGAAGGGAACGUUUGGGACUUUUGACAUAGAAGCCAAUGGCUGUGGGUGGCAGCCCCCACCGAUGUGUGCAUUCUGAGUACCUGGGCUUGACUAGGCUUCAGGAGCAUGAGAACUGAGCCCUAAAAGAAAUGGCUUAAUUCCUGAGACUAUGUUGUCUACGAAAUGUAAAAUGUGAACGCCUGUGCUGCUUGCAGACAGUUCCCAUAGCUGUGCAGGGCCCUGGAGCAUGCACCCAGGGGCAGAGCCUGCCCUUACUCACGCUCUGCUCUGGUGUCUUGGGAGUUGUGCAGAUUCUGGCCCAGAAAAGAGAAGGAGGACCAUACAUACAGGAGAGGACUGGCGUUGUUGUGUGGGGGUUAGUAAUAUAAUUCUCUGUGUAAUGCUUCAGUGAUUGUGUGACCAAGCCAGCACCCGGCAACCGGCCGGGUAAGAAGAGGUGCUCAGUGAGUGUGCACAUGAUGAGAUAGUAAUCAUCACAAUAUCAAGCAUGUGGGUGAAACUGGAGUUCUGGAGCUAGUAUCCAGACAACCAUAGUGGGCUUGACAGUCUGCUCACUAGUCUCUUGCCUUUUCAGGAGUAGGCACAUUCAACUGGGUUCCACCAGGGAGUUACAGGCCUUUCCUUGCACAUUCCAGACAAUGGAGAAUGUUUAUUGUUUCAGGAAAGAACCUGGCAGGGGAGUCUGUUGCCAGUGACCUUCAUACAUCUCCAUCACCUCUUAAAUGGGUAUUUGUUUAAAAUAUAGAAAGGUCAGUUACCAGCGGCUGUAGGUAUUGAAUACCAGCAGUGUCUGAAGUCCCGUGUCAGGUGCUCCAGGGGAGGUGAACCGUGCUCUCGUGGAUGGGAGGUGGUAUGCAACUGGGUCUCCUGACAUUUGCUGUUGCGUUUGUGAGGGUGCAUCUGCCUCUGGAAUUCACAUCUGUUUCACUGUUUCCUUCCACCAGCUUCUUCCAGGGCCUUUCUACCUUUAAUACAUUUCUUUUCCGGGAUUGCUUCCAAAUCAGUGACAGAAAGCGUAACCUCUGCUCCAUGGCAGUCUCCCUAGAAAUCCCCUAGGAAGACUGAGAAUAAGCUUUAAGGAAAUGAACUCCCACAUCUACGAAGGCUUUGAGAACAGCCAAAUCUGGACUUUGGGUGUUCCCUGGGACUUACGUGCAUUUAUUUGAGGACAGAGUCUUGUUGGGGGGGGUGAGGGAUAGGUUUGUUUUUCUUUCUGCGUAAUCUAGAGUAAGCAGAUAUGAUGGUAACUUUCUAUUAAAAUCCCUAAACCCCUCCCUGGAGAUUUUAUUAAACAGGGCCAAGAGUACCUCUCUCCAACUUCCUUUCUGGCAAACUCCUUUGUCCUGCUUCAUAAAUGCCAAACCUCAGGGCAGAGGAGUGUGGUGUCGGAUGGAAGUGGCCAGAACCGUCUGGUUGGGCUACUUGGUUGAUUCAUAUCUUUCUUCCUUUAUGGAGACCCAUUUCCUGGUUGCUGAGAUGGCUUCUGAGCUGGCAUCUUGCCCAGAGGCCUGAAACCAGAGAAGGGGUGACACUUCAUUUCCUGAGACACUCUUGAGACUUUCCUUUCCCCAUCAUUCCCUCACUUGCACUCCCUAAACCCCAGAACCUUGGAAACUUCCUUAUUAGAUUCUAAACUGCGAUGUCAAGUGCCCUCAGCUGUGGAGUCAGCCUCCUGGUCUCAAAACUAAGUACUUUUUGUGUUGAGUCCCAUCUUGACCAGAAGACACUCAGAUGACAUAAUAUCCUUGCUCUGGCAGGUACAAUUCAAAGGGAUGUCACCAGGGUGAUACAGACUUGGGCUUCUGGUGAGGGGACCACAGAAGUAGUUAGGAAAGGGAGCACAGAGUAUAGACUUGGGAAGGGACCAGGGAUCAGAUACUGGGCCCUGAAAUCGUGGCUGGAGUUUAUUUCACUGGUGCCUGGAUAGAGCUCUCUGUUGCUGCCCUUUGCCAAGCUUGAGUGCAGUAACAGCAUGCUUGAAAGUACCAGAGGGAAGUAUGCCACAGAUCCUCCUGACAUGCCUUUUCCCCUGGUGAGCCCAUUUGCCCUCCCCUAGUUUGGUUCUGUUUCUCACUUUCCUUCCCCUUGUUGUAGCAGCCAGUCCCUAUUAUUUACCCAAGCAAUAAGUAGAGGACCUUUUUGGAGUCAUGUGAGCCACAUUCUCUGAGUUGUGUGUCUCCUUGAUCUGCAGUAUUCAGUACAUGACCACUGUCAUCCUAGACAGUUUCUAAGCAGAACACUGAGAGCAGCUCUGUCCCACAAAGGUUGGCUCCAUCUUCUCUCCUAGGCACUGUGCAAGUUUCCAAAUCCUGAAAAUGUAAUCAGGCCCUGGCUCGGCUAUGGGCAUGUCAAGGACGAUAAGCUGUUUCCUAGAUCUUUCUCAGUGUGGCAUCUAGGUGGUUCUGAAUUUCUUCUACCUCACAGGGACGUUGUGAGGCUUUAGAGCUCUUCAUCAGAACGAUGGGCUGAGUAUGAGGUGCAGCAGAUAAAAAGAUCCACUAUGAUUCCACCUGCUCGGGGCAGCGGUCACGCUGGCUGCUGUGCUGCCUUGUCUUGGCUCCUCGUUUCUCUCCCUCCACAGCUUUAGAGACCUGGAGGCAACCCAGGGACUUUCACAUGCUCAGCAGAGGUACCAGGAAAACCCCUGCCACACAGGCCCUGAAUGAAUUGCUAAGUUUCAAAGGAUGUACAAAAGUGUAUCUUGCGUUGAUGUCUGCACUGUAAAGUUCUAAUUUAUCACUGUAUAAUAAGACCUUGCUAUUUAAUUUUUGUAUCGAAGGAAAAUAAAGUUUUGUUUAUUAA